UGCCCUAUGAAAUGCAUAUAAAAACUUCUUUAAUUCCUCUUAACAACCCACAUUUAUUUUCAUCAUUUGGCUGAACGGAAGAUAUCCAAAUGGGCCAGACAUUGAUGACAUUAGCUCAAGGAAGUGGGCAAAAUAGAGAAAAGGAGUUGGGUUCUACAAUAGAAGAUUGCUAUGACAAGUAUUUUGCAGAAAAAUCAAAGGAUUUGACUUUAUCUGACUUCUACGGGGCAGUUUGUCAAACUGUAGAAGAUAUUAAUAAGAAGCUCAAUAGCACACAAUUCCGUGUGCCUGAAGCUGAUAAGCUCAAGGAAGUAUACCAGAUUCACUACAAAGAUAAAGGAAAAUCACUGACAAAGGAAGAGUUCCAAAAAAUUCUUCAAGAAAUCAUAAUGCACACAGGUUUUACAGGCUUUGGAUCAAAAGAUAUACUUAUCUUCCUGUAUGGAAUUCCUGCAGCCGCCUUGUUUAUCAAGCAACGUGUAGCACCCAAAGCUAUUCCUAAUGAUGUAUUCAUCCCUGGAAUAACUUCUGCCAGUGUUUUCCUCCUUGCCAAGCUAAACAAAAUAUGAUCAUCUGCCUCUUUGCUCCAUUAAUUCCAAUGAUUUUUUUUUCCUUUUUCUUAUUUGUAAAAGUUUAUAUUAAUAUUAUGUGUGAAAAUUAUUCUGUCAGUGCUUAAUUCUAUAAA